ACGACUGCCACUUCUUCCUUGGUUCGUCACAUCAACCUAAGAAGCCGCGACGUCAGAGAAGCGUCUCGCCAAUCCCUACGCUCCUCUGUCGCCAUGGUCCCAUCAUCGUCUUCCUCGCCCGGUGGCUCCUCCUCAGCCCACAGCAGCACCACGCCCACCAUGAUCACCUCCCGCAAAAGUGGAGUUCCGCACACCCUCUCCGAAUGGUUCUCCUCGCCUCCAAAUACCGAUCCCUCUCUUCCCUCUCCCGAUCGAAUCUCCCACCGACAGUUGCGCAUCUCGGAUUGGACCAUCACUUCUUCCCGUGGAGCGAUUGGGAACUCGGCUUACAUGGAGGGGCUGGGUGAGAAGUUGGGGAUUCCCCCGCCGGAGAUGGUCUUUCCUAGCAAUAGACUUGUGCUGCGCCACGAAACAACUGGAUGGGAGUACGUCUUUGGAGUCGAGAAGGCUCUAAGGUGUGUUGAUGGCGUGAACGGGGAUUGGAGAGUUCAGGGAGUGGAUCUUAGUCAGGAGUGGAGGGGACAGGCUAGUGGUGGUGCUAGUGGGACGGGCAAGAAGAGUACGACGCAAUUUGGAGAGAAGCCCGAUAGGAAGAAGAAGAGCAAGGGGAUAAAGGUUGCUUAUGCUGACGAGUGGGGGAAGAGCCGCGAGCCGACCUCUCAGUCGACCACCUCUACAGCAGCAGCAGCUUCGCCCACCUCAACACCUCCAACUACAGCAUUCGGGGCAGCGGCCGCAACACAAAUCGCCGAUGCCAGAGACUACGAUUGGACCUACUCUACCACCUGGGCCGGUGAAGCGGGGCGGUCCGCCAGCUCCAGCAGUACCUCUUCCCCUCCUUCCUCUGAGACUCCCACCUUCACGCCUGGAAAGGACCCGACCGUCGAUCGGAUACCUGUUGAGCGCUUGGGUGCUUCUAGUGGCGAGCCGAUACUCUUUUAUGAUGACCUGGUCUUGUUUGAAGAUGAAUUGGGGGACAAUGGGUCGAGUAUGCUGGGAGUCAAAGUCCGAGUAAUGCCUUCUGGCUUCCUCGUUCUGCAACGCUUCCUGCUCCGCGUAGACGAUGUAGUCUUCCGACUCUUCGAUACAAGAAUGUACUGUGCCUUUGACGAGCAAUCCCAGGGAGCCACAUUGUCUUCUUCCUCGGCGACUCCAGCGCUUCCACAGCCCGGAGCAAGGCCAGGGAGCACGGUAGCUCCGCCAGCAAUGGCUCCCUGGGCCUCGGGCGGUACUACUCGACCCCCACCGUCGACUAGUGCUGCGCCAAGUCUGCCCAGCCUGGGAGGUCUAUCUCUCGGACAGCCGAGACGAACUGGAGGCGGAGCUCCCCAGGUCGGUCAUCCUGCAGCUUCUACACCAGCGUCUUCGGGCGCAGGCCAUGCGAGUUCCGCAGCGUCAGUCGAGCAGAGGCUGAUCAGGGAGUGCAGCGGUUGUGAAGCACCUUACAAAGAUGUGAAAGCACGCCUGCCCGCCUACAGACCCAAUGACCUCUCCCUCCUGACCGACAGCAACUGGGUCUCUACGACUCUGCAGAACCUAGCCGCCAAACAAUUUGCCGCCUUUCAAUCUUCCAACACCCCAAGCAAGAGCAGCCAGAGUAACGGAAAGACCACCACCACCACCACCACAUCGGGUCUGCCGGCCUUUUCGGCUUCUUCCUCCUCUGUAGCCAGUCGACCUGCGCAGCCUCCCACCCAGGCACCGCCGAAUGCUCUCUUGAGUCAGACGCUCGCGCCGGCUAGACUGCCCGGUCAUCCCACUGGGAAUGAGGCGAGCGGUGCGCCGCAGAACGUUGCGCCCCCGAGUGGGAUCGUGGGCGAGAUGGAUGGGGUGGCAGCGGAGGAGAUGUGGGAGGGCGUGGGUGGAAGGGUAGACGUUGUCACUUUUGGUGGGGCUUGAGAGCAAGACUGGAAUAGACAUAGAGAGAGUGUGAAGUGUACGAGUCAGGCGUGAGAUGAGAAUGCAUGAGUGAGAUUGACA